AUGGCUGCUGUCAUUCCAGAAAAGGUUCAUUUUGAACCAGGAGAUGAGGCUCUGCGUGUGUCGAAGGAGCUGAGCAGAGAGCCGUCAUUGAAGGCUGCUGGCCUGAAUUUGGUUGUCGAUCCCACGGGUAAGCUGCUGAACCGGAGGAAGGUGGUCAGCCGCAAAGAUGUCAUCGCCAACCCGCGAGUGACCAAAUUCAUGCACCUCGCUCGCCGUGCCCGGUCAUCGCACCAAGCCCAGCUCCGGGAGCUCAAGAAUGAGUUAGAUUCGGAGUCGGAGGAUGAGGACCAGACUGAUGAUGAUAGCGAGGCUCUGAACAGCUUGGCUGGCCAUGAUACGGCUUCGGUUGCAAGCUCCUGCAGCUCUACUGUCACCCCGCCUUUGAACAUUCCGGCGCUGAGUGGUGAUAUGCAGAGGGUCCUGGCCAAGCUGCAGGCAGCAACCAAAAAGGAGAAAGCGGAUCAGGCUUCAGAACCUAGUGAUGGGGCUCCGGAAGCCAAGAAGAAGCCUAAGAAGGCCAAGGGUGAGAUUGAGGACAAGCUGCUUCCUGAGAAGGUUAUGGACAAUCUUCGCGAGUUGAUCUCUGCGGAUCCAGCAGAGCCGUGGGCCCAUGAGGAUGAGACUGGAGAUGCAGUUGAUGACGGUGAGCCUGAACAGAGCAGCAAGAAGAACAAGAAGAAAACAACAAAAAAAACUUUGCAGUGCCAAAACAAAAAGGAGAUCAAGAAAUCGAACGAAAAGAAUGGGAAGGAGAACCGGGUCUCCGAGACUGGGGAUGCAGAGGAGCCCUUCGCGAUCACCCGAAUGAAGAAGAACAUGGCGGCCGAUUGUGCAUACAUCCCUGGAUCUUACAAGGAUGCCAGACUUAAGUAUAUUAAGAGAAAGCGAGACAAGGGAUGGUCCUGGAAGGAAGCAUGCCAGAAGUGGAAUGCCAGUGCCAUUCGAGCUUCGUGGCUCGAGGGCUUGUCUACGAAUGAACUUAAGAGACGCCGGUUCAUCUAG